AUGACUGCUGACAUUACAGAAAUGUACCGUCAAAUCGAAGUUGACGAGGCAGAUCGCAAUUUCCAGCUUAUUCUCUGGAGGGAAAAACCUACGGAUCAGAUUAGCGUUUAUAAACUGAACACAGUGACAUAUGGUACGUCACCUGCUCCUUUCUUGGCAACACGUUGCCUAAACUACUUAAGUGACCUGUACAAGAAUUCUCAUUCAGUUGGAGCAAGGGUUAUCCGACAUGACUUCUAUGUCGAUGACCUAUUGACUGGUGCUGACAGUCUGAAAGAACUGGAAACAAUUCGUACCCAAUGUACUGAAAUUCUUGAUUCGGCUGGACUUAAAUUAGCGAAAUGGUUUUCAAACCAUAAAACGUAUGACUCGUCAGACUUCUUUCUAAAUGUUAAUAAUACUGAUUCCACAAAGGCGCUAGGUAUACACUGGAUUCCCCAGAAUGAUACGCUUAAGUUCCAUGUAGACGAAAAGUUUCAUGAAUUGCGAGCAACAAAAAGAAACAUACUAUCAGUAUCAGCUCGGCUCUUCGAUCCCCUCGGACUAGUAUGCCCAAUAGUGACUAACGCAAAAAUUUUAUUGCAAGAACUUUGGCUUCAGAAGCUUGACUGGGAUGAGUCAAUUCCUAUGCAUCUCGAUUCUAGCUGGCAAGCAUUUAAAAGUAACCUGACUCAGAUGGACUCUAUUUCCAUUCCGCGGUAUGUUCAUAUUCAUUCAAAUAUAAAAUGCGAUAUUCACGGUUUCGCCGAUGCGUCAAUAAGAGCGUACGGCUGUUGCAUCUACGUCCGAAUCCAUGAUUCGAAUGGGAUUCAUUCUGAGUUGUUAACUGCCAAAUCUAAGGUUGCUUCUUUAAGCACAAAAUCAGUACCCAGAUUAGAGCUGUGUGCCGCUCAUUUAUUGGCUAAACUAUGGUCUCGAAUUCAGCCGUUGAUUACUUGCGAAAUCGGUGAUGUUUAUUUUUGGACGGACUCUGAAAUUACACUUCAUUGGAUUAAAACUCACCCAUCCACUUUAGCAACAUUUGUAGCAAACAGAGUUGCAGAGAUCCAAGAAUGGACGAGCGAAGUUCUUUGGAGACACGUUCCAUCAAAGCUAAAUCCUGCAGACUUAGUCUCCAGAGGAUGUAAUGUAGAUGAGUUGAUUCACUCAAUUUGGUUUCGUGGCCCAUCAUAUUUGCUUUAA